AUGGCUGAUCAUGAUCCUGGACGACAAGUAACUUGGAUACCGCUGCCCAGAGCAGCUGCUUUCAAGUUUCCAACCGUCAAGUUUCCUGCUACCGUAGAGAAAAAUUGUAGGCUUGUCGAGAAUUAUGCUUUUGAAAAACGAUUUUUAGGCUAUAAGAAAAUGGCAGAAAAAGCUGCUGAAAGACAACUUGUUCUGAAAAACAAAAAGAAAAAUGGAAAAGGCAAAGCCCAAAGCGCCAACUCACCCAGCGCUUCUACUGUUGAGAGAGCGAAUGAUAAUUGGGUGGAUCUGACACAAUCAGCUGGACAAGUUUCGGGAUCUACUCACAAAUGGGAACUUGAAAUCGGAGGAAACGUCUUUGCGUCUAGUUACUCAAUGCUCUCAGAAGAAGCUGUCACGGACCCCAGCACCUUGCAUUUCUAUUACAACAAGAACGAUCAAACGAGACUCACAACUCCGGAAAAAGCACUUGAUUUGACCAAAGAAGGGAAAUUCGCCAGACUGGAUCAUUACUUUGAUGUUCAUAACUUCAACGAGUUCACUGUGCGUGCCUACAAAAGAGUGAUCAAAAAUGAGACUGAUCACUACGUUUUCUGGGAUGAAGCUUAUCAGUUUUUACUGUCAGCACGACGAAAACUAGGUCAACAAGACAAUCAGUGGACAGUAUGUCAGCAACGUCUCCAUAACAAAAAUGUGGAAAAAAUGACGGAGCACACCAAAUUGAAUAUGAUUACUGUGGAGGAGUUCAAGAAGCAGGUGGGAGAGCACAAUGUCGACAGAUUCAAAAUCACAAUCGUACCUGAUGCUAUUCAAAUGGCGACCACACAAAUUGCUAUCGACGAUCCAUGCGCCGUUGUCUACACGUUCGUCUCCACUGUGAAAGUAAUGGAUACUAGCCAAGCGGUGCUGCGCAUUGUUUUAGAUGCAAUUUCUGGAAUCGAUUGGAGAGAAGUGAAUCUCUUUUCUGAUCCCAACUUCGCCGAUUUCGAUGAUACAAUGCACCGUACUUUGUACUCCGUGACGAACUGCUCAGAUGGUAAAAUGAUUGCCUGCGAAACGUUUGAAAUUUACUUUCGAGCCAUGAGGACGAUUCGUCAUUGGGAAUUUCUGCUGAAGGCCGAUUUCGAUUACUUGCAUAAGGGCAUGCCAUUUGACGCAUUGAUUCCGUUUGAUUCCCAUAUUGAAGUUGGAGCUCAUCACGAUUUGACGAACUAUGUCAAAACGAACAAGGCAGAAAUUCCGGUUUGGCUUUCAAGGAUUUCCAUUAUCGGCGCUUACUUCUCCAGUUAUGUGAAGCGCUCCCAAAAAUUCGAUGGUAGGGUCUUCGAAUUGAUGAUUGAAGCAUUGUUUUGCAAAAUGCCUCUCGAAGAGAGGGAUAAUCAUGAACAGAUGAUGAACUCAAUGUACAAUGACUGGGUCAACAUCAAUGAAAAGAGAGGAACAAAACCAUUUUUCGUGGGCUUGGAUCCAAUAAUUACUACGAACCUGAAUGUUCAUUAUGAUUUUGAUGACAAAUUUCAAAACAAUUCUGAACCAUGUGAGUGUCCAAUGUGGAAGACAAGAGCUACAAGAGGGUUCUGUGAUAUAAAGAGAAAAGACGAACAACUCGCUGAGGAGAUAGCAAAGACGAUUCGAUUGCUUUCGAAGGUUGAGGAAUUAGAAAAAUGGAAGAGAGAUUGUCUGAAAAAGGAAAAUAGUGAACUGACCAAUUCACUCCGCAUCAUCAGAGAGUUGGAGAAAGAGAACAAAACUCACGUUGAGGAACUCAUUCGCUUAAAUAAUCUUCUAAAGGAUACGGCGAUUCUGCUUGAUUCGAGAGCGAUAGAAAGUAACGUAAUGAUUGGAGCGGAAUGCAAGGAAGAGUUGAAAACGUUGCGCGAGCAACUUGACGCAAUCGUUCAGGAAAAGGCGGAAGGUGACAGAGCAAUCGCUGAACAUGCAACAAAACUAUUUCAUUUUAUGGAAGCUUUAACAGAAGUAGAGAACGAGCGUAAUGUGUUCAAAAAGCAAUGUGAAGAGUUGAAAGAGAAAAAUGAAUGUGAAACCAACGAGAAUGCAAUUCUUAAGGAGAGAAUUCGAAUGUUGGAAAAACAAAUGGCCGUUUUGGAGAAAGAAAAGGAAACAGACAAAGGCCAGCUCAAACUGAUGGAAACCCAACUGUUAUUGGAGAAGAAUGAGUCCCUGUUGAAAAAUGCUCAAAUACAAAAGGAUAUUGAUUUUUCGAACCAGAUGCGGCAAUCAGACGCGCAGAGGUCAAUGGAACUGCAAAAAAUCAAUUUGGAAAACGAGCACCUGAAAGAUAUUUGUGAGCGCCUCGAAGAUGAAAAAAAGAAGGAAAUUCUCGAAAAGCUCAAGCUUGAACGGGAGAUGAAGCGGAUGGAAUACGAAAUGCAAGAAAUGGCAAAGUGGGAAGACCCACAAUCAGCUCACAGCAGCAACUACAGACAAACAGAAAUGCAGUGGUCUAUGGAACUGCAAAAAGUCAACUUAGACAAUGAGCAUUUAAGAGACAUCUGCAAACGCCUCGAAAAUGAAAAAGAGAAAGAAAUUCGUGAAAAGCUGAACCUUCAAAGAAUGGUUCAAAGGAUGGAAUUCGAAAUGCGUCCCUCGUUUUCAACCCAAGAACCUGGAACGAAUGGCUUCCAACAUAGAUUUUCCAACGUGCCAGUGCCUCCGUUUAUCCCACCGUCGAUGAACUCAAGCCCACCAAUCAAUAGACCUUCUUCUUCCGGACCAAAUCAAGCUGAUGUUUACCACGGCCACUACUUUAAUCAGGCGCCAGUGUUGACGUCUCACCAGCCCAUGAACCCGUUUGUAGAAUCGAAUACCGAUUAUUCUGCAGCAAGAGCAACGCUUCCAUCGCCCAUCGCCAAUAAGGCGGAGAACUUGGAAGAAUUCAUCGAGAUAUUCAAACGACUCGGCCAAGAUUCUCACGAAAAUGCUCCGCCGGUAUCACCCCACACUGCCCAACAAAACGGUUUCAUUGCCGGAUUCGGACUGACUGCUCGAGACCAUGAAGUCUGGGGUCCACAAAACUUUUAA